AUGUGUUCUUUCUGCGGCAAGUCAUUCGCAAAGGAAAGCAACCUGAAAUCCCACGAGACAGAGCACGAGGGACAGGUUCACUACACGUGCGCCCGCUGCCUGAAAUCCUUCACCCGUAAAGACACCCUCAAGUUGCACGUACGGCGCCAGGUAUGUUUCCGCACCCACAAGUGCAGCAGUUGUCGGAAAUCGUUCCUGACAGAGCAGGAGCUGGAUCGACACCAAGAGACGCACCUGCUGCACAAGUGCCGAUUCUGCAAGCUCUUCUUCUCCAACCUGAAGCACCUAAACCAACAUGAACGGAUGCAUACAAAUACGGGUAAGUGCAAGGGACAAAAGCGGGUGACGACUGCAAAAAGCAGCAGAAAGUUGCAGUGUCCUGUUUGCAGCCAGGUGUUUCGCAAAGGCUGGCCCUUUAGGUACCAUCUGCGCAUGCACAUGACCGAGGACGGACGGCGGUGUUGUUCUUGCGGCAAGGGCCUCAAGAGUGUGUUCAAAAACCUUGACUGUCCUGACAAGGGCAGAGAACUCCGUUGUGCAAGCUGUGACCAUCCAUAUCUGCAGCAAGCCAUCUUAAACGAGCCUGGUGCUUUUGAGUCAACCAUAAUACAAAUCCGUUGUCUUGGAGAACCUUCGGUUCUUCAGAUUUUGAUGGGAAAUUGA